UUUGGAGAGAAACUAGUUUUGUAUUCUAAUAAGAUGGAAAGAAAACUUUUAAUUAUUUGCUUGAUUGUUUGCCUUUCGCUUCAUACUUUUUCACUAGAUUGGCCAGGAAGUAACUUGAUAUCAAUUUUGGAAGAAAUUGCAAAGAGAGAGGAAUUGGAAAAUAUGCUUCGAGAUGAGUUGUUCGAAAAACGUGAAAAUUGUUAUCAAGCCUGCAAACAUCAUAAAGGAAGAGCCUUUUUUGGAUGCAUGAAAGAUUGCAGCGAUUCUAACGCUGCUGCACAAAGUUUAGAAGACGACAGUACCUAAGAAAGAACUUAAUAAAAUUGCAUGAGAUCUUAUAAAUAAAUUAGCGUUUGCCAUCAGCAACAAA